CACUUCCCACAACUGCCAAACUCAAAUUUAGUACCAAAAGGGCAGCUUAUUUCUCUCUCUCUCUUUCUUUUGGAAAUUUGGGAUUUUCAGUUUGCGCUGUAGACCUUCACAAACAUUCCUAUUUCAUUGGCAAUGGAGGGUUGCUCCCUACAUUCGCCAACUCUAACCACUGUACCUUCCUCUGUAUCCAGAAUUGGGUUUGCAGAUAAACCAUUUCUACACGGUCAAGUCCUCAACUUUCCCAAUGCUAAGAAAUACCCAUCUACCAGAAAGUUCAACUUUCUUAAUAUCAAAGCUCAAGUUUCUGGCACUGUAACAUUCAGCUCAGAGGAACUUGAGGCAACAUCAAAAGGGGCGACCUCCAAAAAUGAGAAUGUUGCAUUUGUUGCCGGUGCUACCGGAAGAGUUGGGUCACGAACGGUGAGGGAACUUUUGAAACUUGGAUUCCGAGUCAGAGCUGGUGUCAGGAGUGCUCAGAAAGCAGAAGCUCUUGUGCAAAGUGUUAAACGAUUGAAGCUUGAUGACAAGAAUGCAAGUGGAGGAGUUGAACCUGUAGAAAAGCUUGAAAUUGUGGAAUGUGACUUGGAGAAACCAAAUGAGAUUGGACCAGCACUAGGGAAUGCAUCAGUGGUUCUAUGCUGCAUUGGUGCCAGUGAGAAGGAAGUUUUUGAUAUUACCGGACCAUAUCGCAUUGACUAUCUGGCUACCAAGAACCUUAUUAAGGCAGCGACCAUUGCAAAAGUCAAUCAUUUCAUAUUGCUAACAUCUCUGGGAACAAAUAAGGUUGGAUUUCCUGCAGCUAUUCUAAAUCUGUUCUGGGGAGUGCUGAUAUGGAAAAGGAAAGCAGAAGAAGCACUGAUAGACAGUGGACUUCCUUAUACCAUCGUGAGACCUGGUGGAAUGGAACGGCCUACUGAUGCUUACAAGGAAACUCAUAAUAUUACCCUCUCACAGGAAGAUACUUUAUUUGGUGGUCAGGUGUCAAACCUCCAGGUGGCAGAGCUAAUGGCAGUUAUGGCUAAAAAUCCUGGACUAUCAUAUUACAAAGUAGUGGAAGUUAUUGCAGAGACAACUGCUCCGUUGACUCCCGUAGAGGAACUUCUUACAAAGAUACCAUUUCAACGUGCAGAUAUUUACCCACCAGAGGAAUUAAAAGCACCAGGUGGGCCUGAAUUAGCACCUUCUAAGCCUGAGGAACCAAGCCCUUCUGUUGAGAAGGAACCUGUUAAACCAGAACCAAUUGCAGCACAACCACUCUCUCCCUAUACUGCUUAUGAUGAUUUGAAGCCGCCUACAUCCCCCAGUCCCACCGCACCUAGUAGUCAAGACAACUUGACUAUUGUUGAUGCAAUCCCAAAGCCCCCUUCAGAUGCUGAAUCUAAGACAGCAGGAACACCAACUGGCAUCACUGAGAUAGCAUCAGCUUCAAAGGAAGUGCCUGUGACAACUCCUCUUUCACCUUAUGUUGCUUAUGAGGAUUUGAAGCCACCUAGCUCUCCAAGCCCAGCACCUAGUGUUCCCAAAGAAAUACCCGUUAAUGUCACAACAACAGCAGAUGUUGUGCCACCUUCUGGAGGCAAUGAUGUUGCAAAGGUCAACCUAGAUGAUGUUCCUGAAACUGUUUCUCCCCAGAGUUCAGUUUUUUAUCAUUCACCCUACUAUGUAUACGAUGAUUUCAAGCCUCCUACAUCUCCGUCUCCUAGUGCUCCAAGUCCAUCCUCCUUCUCACCAUCAGCUGAUGAUGAUGGUGGGUCCCCAUUGGGAAACUUGUCAGUCAACAGCACAGCACAACUCUCAACAGGAGAUAAUCCAGAGGAAAAACAGUACCACAGCAAACCAAAGCCAAGACCACUAUCUCCAUUCACUAUGUAUGAGGACUUGAAGCCUCCAGCAUCACCAUCACCGUCUCUUAAGUAAAUUAUAGCAUGCUAUUUCCACCAAUUUUAGUUAAGUGCCAUUGGAGUAAAACUGGGACAUUGCAGAGUAAGAAAUCUACACGGCAAGUUCACUCAUAUCUAUGAGGCCAGAAACUGAAGUUGCGGGAGUGUUUUCUAGAUGUAUUUAUUCUUCUUUAAUGCUAUACUUUAUAUAUAAUUUAUAUUCUUCCCAAAAAUUGCUUUGACAAUUCUUUGUGAGUCCUUAUUUAAGAUGCUAAAAGUACUCUGAGGUUCACUGUUAAAUUCAUUUCUAUGAGUUGAAUAUGUCAAGAACUCUCAACCAUAUUUUAGAAUAGCAAAAGUAUAUGUGUUUCCAUUUACCAUAUAGUGUACAAUAAACAAUUUUGUUUGAUAGAUUGA